CAUGAACUCUGCUUUAAUGAUCCUGCCUCUGCUGGAAGACAGUCAGUUUCUUCUCAGGCUUCACAAACAAAUGAUACCCAGUGUUCUGGGGUUGGUGUCAGUGAUGGUCUGAGGACUUGUUAAUGGAGGAACCACUUUUAAAGAUGCGUAUUUCGCUCCUGCUGUUGUGCUUUCUCUGCGUCCUGCAGGUUGGCUGCAUUUUCGAUGGAGUCUGUCCCAGAAAAGAACCUCCCCCUGGUGUGUUGGUUGUAUCUCCAGGAUGCAGGCUGGAACUGACCUGCAGGGGUCAUGUGAAGGUGAAUGGAGUGAAAGUUACCUUAACUAGAAACAUCCCAAGUACAAACAAGAGAAGAUCUUCAUCAGAUAGAACCCCCACCACACAGCAAGUUAGAAGAGACAGGGCCUUUUCAAAUAAAAGUGGUGGAACUUCUCCAGUAAGUGAGAGAUAUCACGCUCCCACCACGGUCGCUGGAGUCAGCACCGUCCCAGCAGGAAACCAAAGCGUUGGAUAUUCAGAUACAGAACACACCACCUCUCCACAAGUGGUCCAACCAACCUCUCAGAGCAUAACCACGACAGGGGGAGAGUCAGACUGGGAGGAUAAAGAAAAAACACUCGAGGUUCAAUACAAAGAUGAGGUGUGGGAGGAAGGCAGCAGGGUAACAAAAGGGAUUAAAAUGAGGCCUCAGUGGAAGUGGAACAAACAGCCGGUGCAGAGUGCAGACAGAGACUGGGGAGACAUUGCAUUUCUAGGUGAUGGGAGCAGUCUAUCUCUGAGGUCAGUAAGACUGACGGAUGCUGGCAAAUACACAUGUCAUUACAGGGGAGAAGAAAAGCUUGCUGUUAAAGUGAUUGUUGCAGAUCCCCCCGAGACUCCAAGUAUCUUUUGCUACACGAAGUCACCCUGGAGUAAAAUCCGCUGUGAAUGGAGGCCUCAGAACCCAGUAAUCACGCAUCCUGACUGCUACCUCUUUCUGAGCAAAACUCACCGCUCUCUCAGAAAAAUAGAGAAUUUUAAACAAAUCCAAUGCUCGUACAUGUCUCAGCGUUCUCUCUGUUGGUGUGCUCUUGAGCAACACGAGGAUGAGCAGAGGUCUGUCCAUGUGGCCUUCCUGUGUGUUACAAACUUCUUGGGCAAUACCACCAGUCUCCCAAUCCAGUUCACACCACUGGACAUUUUGAAGCCAGACCCCCCGUCCAACGUGUCAGCCCACCCAGUGGAGAAUAUAGAGGGGAUGAUAAAGGUGACCUGGAAUUUACCAGUAACCUGGAAGAAGCAAAAUAACUUUUAUGAUAUAAUCUAUGAGAUCAGAUACAGACCUUUGACCUCUUCAAAUGAACAGGUAAAUGUGAUCGGAAAACGGCGCUACACAAUCACUGAUGCUCUGCGUGGUUCUGAGUACCUGAUUAAGCUCAGAACUAAAGAGGAAUAUGAUGGUCAUUGGAGUGAGUGGACUUCACCUAUCUCUGCCAGGAGUUGGACAGCUAAUGUAGCAGAGGACGGUGAUCUGACAACCACAAUAGUUGACUUGCCCUACAUCGAAGACUUUGGCUCUGGUUUUCCCGAUGAUAACUACCUUGAUGGUACAACAAAUGAGAUAUGUACCAACUCAGAAGUUUCAUGCCAACAGUAUCAUGUCCUAUGGAUCUCUGCUCUUUUUGUCGUCAUGUCUGUCCUUUUGGCUGUCUACAUCCUUAGACACAAAAGCAGGUUAAUGUCCAAACUCAACAGCCUCAGUAGAAUCACACAAAGUGAUGACUUGUCUCCACCGCCCCCUUCCAUCCCUUCAGCCCCAGAAGGAGAAGCUCUGGUGUCCGGCUCUGGCCCUCAGCUAUAUAAACAGCACCCACCGGGUGACACACAACAACAGGAGGAAAAUAAGGAAGAACAAACUGAGAUGGACCGAUUAGAAGUCAGGAACUUCAACAACAAAAGUUACUUCUUCCUGCAGAUGGAGCUAUGAACAAACAAGAGGCCUGGUCGUUUUGCAGUUUCAGAAACUUAAUGAAAAAGGUCUUAGUUGGAGGAGGAAGACUCAGGAAAAAACUUGUACAUACUGUAUAUUAAUUUCUGUAUGUAUGCUUAAACCUGUGGUAAAAUGUUUUUAUGUGUUUUUGUUUCUUUGUCUACUGUGCAUCGGUGCCAUUUUGAAAUUGUGAAAUAAACUGCAGAGGUGGGUUUAUCUCGGCACAUAUUCUGUUUGUAAAUGUCACUAAAGGUUUAUCAAUUUCUAGCUUUCUAAACAUUUCUGCCAUUGUUAUGAAAGACAAAUAAUUUCUAUUUCAUAAUCAUGAGUAAACAAAGUUAUUAUAGGAUGUAUCCUAAUUUUAACGACUUAGCUAUUUUACAUUUUUAAUUAGCUUGCUCAUAAUUGAGGUACUCUGGUAUAUUAUUGAGUUAGCUCUCUACCAAUAAAGAGGUAUUAUCUUAUAUUGAGUUAGUUUUAUUAUAUUAAUAUGUUAGCUACCUUAUAUUGAGUUAGUUACUGAAUAAAUAACUAGACAUAUACAAUUUGUAUUGUGAUGGUGUACAGCCAUUUUUACCUUUACUUAGUGGAGACUCACUUGUUGUGGCUUGGCUUUCAUGCUGUGGUUUAUCUAAUUCUAUAUUACAAGUGUCCAACCUUU